GUUUCGCCCGUUUCCGGGUCUCAGUGAGCACGGGCAGAUCGGAGAGUUCGAGAUCGUCGAGAGAGAGUGAGAAGUUUAAUUAGCUCACACAUGCAACACGAUGCAUGGAAGUCGAAGAAUCGCACCAAUCACAACCAGAACAACAAGGCUCACCGUAUUGGAAUCACGAAGCCAAAGAUCUUCCUCUCCAUAGAAGGAAGUCGACGCCAAGUUCAUCAAGAACCUCCGCUUCGAGGUUCUCGACUUCCACAAUGUAAAAUUCCAAGACUACAACGUUCUGACCGAUCAGGAGCUGAGAGAAGGCGUCAAAAUCUUCAGCUAAUGGCCAACAAUUCCACAAGUCUAUGUGAAGGGAGAGUUCGUCGGCGGAUGUGAUAUUCUCAUUUCAAUGCACAAAGAUGGAGAGAUUUCCGACGAAUAUGGGGCACAAUAAAUGAUUUUUCAUGUUAAAAAUAAAAAUUUAGA